CUGGCAACCGUGUAAAGAACAGAAAGUUUACUUUGUGUAGUGAUUCCGCACAAAAGAACAAUUAGCUAAAAGGUAAUGUCCAGCAGAUUUAAGCCAAAGCCCGGCGGCUUCAGGAGUGACAUCCACAGACUGCUGCUGGCUGCUGAAGCUGGUCAGAAGACUGACAUCCUGACCUACUCCUCAGGUCAUCUGGGACCCCGCUGUCUUAACCAGAGUCAGAUUCACAGGGAGACAAAUAAGUCUUUCUGGAGGAUGUCUCAGAGCCUAGAAGAAACCCCAAACCCUCUGGCACCCCAGCAAACACAGACAAAAGCACUGACCUCUGUGAAGAAGAAGGAAAUGAAAGCGUGUCUCUCAGAGUUCUCCACUGGCACUGCUUUAGUAGAGUCGGAAGUCUCAAGGUCAAGACAAGAUGAGGCUAAUUAUUUCUUAUCGCAUGCAGACAAAAAAGAAGAUUUAAUUCUACCUAAGAUAGUUUACUGUUCCUCAAACUCUCAGCAGAAAGCCUUCACCCAGAAAAAGUCGAACUCUUCAACUGAUCCGGAGGAGAAACAGCAUCCUGACCAGAAAGGCCUGAAUAAAGAAGGCCGGCUAAAGACCAAACAACGGUUUGGCAGGCAAGUCAUAGCCAAGCAGAACCUCUGGGCUGGAAUAAAUAUUGCUGAAAUGCAUGACAGGAAACUACAAAAGGAGCUGAGGAGGUUGUCAGCGCAAAGCUGGCCCAGCAGAGACCGCCUUGCGGUGUUCAGUGACGUCUUUGAUGAUGUAUGUGAAGGCUCGCCAGUAUUUGGACGCAUCCUGAGGGAAAUUAAGACAGAUUAUGAUUCGUAUGUCAACCACUUGAUGGCUUCCCAUGGCAUGUCACUGGAUACUUCACUCAAAGAUCUCGCCAAUGGAAAAGUGAGCCAAAUGGAGUUGGAAGAUGCUGAAAAAGAGGUUUGCAGUCUGGAGCAGGAGGCCGGCAGAGCUCUACAGGAGAAUAUACGAGUCCGAAAUAAAUCACAGAAUGUUCCAGCUACCGUAGGCCCAGAGGACAGUGACACGAAGAAUACGUGUCUGUCAGGACUACAGGACAGAGGGACCAACAGUGUCCAAUCCAAGAGGCUUCAGGUGUUGAACACAUGGAGGGAGAUCCAACACCUGGAGGAGGAGAUGAAGGAGACUCCGGUGUCCUCUGUUACCAAUAUGGCCACUGAAAGACCCAUCAAAGACCUAAAGACAGAGAUAAUCAGACUGAUAGCCUCAAAUGAACGUCUGAAGAUCACCAACAAGGCAAGAGAGUUUGACCUUCUUUCCCACCAGAUCAUCAUUUUUUCAAAUGUUACAGAUUUUAAAUGCCCGUCCUGCUAUGUGAUAGUGGGUCAUGUUUUUUUACUCUGUAUUUUUCCCUCAAGGAUCUGGAAGACAACAUCAACAUGGUGCUGAACAGAGAGAAAGCAAGCGAGGCCAUAAGACGGAUGUUGUGGGAUGAAAUACCUUGUGAUCUACAAACAGAGAGCUUCAUCGGCGAGUAAACCAGAGGAUCCCUUCUUGAGAUGUACAUUGCAAAGUUCAAUAAAAUAAAGGGAC